AUGGUGGCAUGUGUGACGGUGAUACCACCGUAUUUGGAGAAGUUUGAUGUGCAAGCGAUGGCUAUGGAGAUUUUGAAGACCAUCCCCUGCCCUGUCCCGGAAUUCUUCGACCCCCGCCUAUUCUUUGUCACCAACAAGCCAUCUCUCGCUACAAUGCUCAUGGCGAUCCAAUCUAUCAUCCUACUGCCUCAAGGCACAUUUUACGUUCUUCACACUUGGUACCACCUUGUCUACGCUCAUAGCACUCGAGUCUCAGCGGAGACUCGAAAAAUGCAAUUCCGGUUUUUAUUGGGCUCGUUGAUGCAGAUCAUGAUUCCAUCUACAUUGUUUAUGAACCCAAUUUUAUAUAUUUGGUUUUCGGUAAAUACUGGAUAUUAUAAUCAAGAGAUCAACAAUCAUCUUAUAUUCAUUGUUUCAUUUCAUGGGCUGCUUGGAACCACCUGCAUGAUUCUGGUGCAUAAGAGUUAUAGGAAUCAUUUGGUCAAAAUGAUAACAUUGGGAAAAUUUCCACGUCAAAAUGUUAUCCGCACUAAUCCGAUAUCUGUUAUAGUUUCUUCGGCAAGGCUUGUAGGUCAAAAUGUUCAUUGA